AUGGGGAGAGCCGGAUGCUGUCGCCCCGGGGCUGAGCGCCUCGCUUCCCCGGCCGCGGCGCGCCGCUUCCGGCCGCUGCCGCUGCUGAUCAUCGUGCUCUGCCUCGGUGCUCACAUAGGAAAGGGCCAGGUGGCAACCCCUCAGUGUCGCAUCCAGAAGUGCACCACCGACUUCGUCUCCCUAACCUCCCAUCUGACGCCUGCUGUGGAUGGCUUUCACAUCGAAUUUUGCAAGGCUUUACGGGCGUACUCGGCCUGUACCCAGAGGACAGCCAAGUCCUGCCGGGGAAACCUGGUUUUCCACUCAGCCGUGCUGGGCAUCUCGGACCUCAUGAGCCAGAGGAACUGCUCCAGAGAUGGGCCCACUCCCUCCACACACCCGGAGGUCCAUCAUGAACCCUGCAACUACCACAGCCGCACUCAGCAUGCGCACUCGCAUUCCCACGUGCACACACACCUGCACUCUCACAGCCACGGCCAUGGCCACCCUCGUCCUGGGUACCUGUUCUGUGGGCUUUUCGGCGACCCGCACUUGAGGACAUUUAAAGACAGCUUCCAGACGUGUAAGGUGGAGGGGGCGUGGCCUCUGAUUGAUAAUGACUAUCUGUCGGUGCAGGUCACUAAUGUCCCUGUGGUUCCUGGCUCCAGUGCCACAGCAACCAAUAAGAUAACAAUAAUCUUCAAGCCUUACGAGGGUUGCACAGACCAGAGGGUGUACCAGGCCGUCACAGACAACCUUCCCGCUGCCUUUGAUGAUGGAACUGUGAGCAGCGGAGACCCCAUCCACGCCUCUGUAGGUGCGGACGGGGCGACCGGGAAGGUGCGGGCUCUGUGGAUAUCUGAGCGCAGCCCCGGGCACCACGUGGAGCUGCACGCCGGCUACAUCGGCGUGACUGUGAUCGUUCGCCAGCUGGGCCGCUACCUGACGCUGGCGGUGCGGAUCCCCGAAGACCUGGCGCAGGCCUACGACGCCACCCAGGACCUGCAGCUCUGCCUGAACGGCUGCCCCAGCAGCGAGCGCAUCGACCAGGCGGGGCACCUCCCGCUGCCCCUCUCCCCCCCGGCGCUCGGCCUGCAGCUGCAGCAGCUGCGCCGGCCCGGCUACGCCUCACAGACGCAGGCCUUCCCCUACGGGGCCGGGGCGCACCUAAUCGGCGUGGAAGGGGCGAAGGAGCGCUGCAGGGAGCAGCUGGACGUGCUGGACAUCUACUUCCACUCCUGCGUGUUCGAUCUGCUCACCACUGGCGACGCCAACUUCACGGUGGCGGCGUACAGUGCCCAGAAAGAUCUGGAGAGUCUCCAUCCGCACCGUGAGAGAUGGAGGAUCUACCCCCGCGGCUCCGCCCCCUCCAACAUCCGCUCCGACUCCCAGUCCACCAGACAGCUCGCUGUGCUCUCGCUGUGUGCUCUGAGCCUUGUUUUGAUGUAAGGACAUCAGUCUUUGUGUGUGCCUGCAUGCAUGUAGGCUUGUGGAUGUCUGUGCACUAGGGAGAGUUUGGGGAGUUUUUUCGCUGAACACUGAUACUGAGCACUAAUGCCUCACUCUUGCAGAGAGGAAACGGCAGGCUGGACAGUUGCUAGGAACUGGAAGUGUUGUUUUUUUUUUUUUCUUUUUAGAACAAGCCCCUUAGUGGGUACUGAACAGACUGGCAGAAUCAUAGAACGCAAUUGACAAUGACACAAAACUUUGGGUGAAUCAACUGUAAAUAGUUCUUUUAUUUUCUUCAGCGCACAGUGUAAUGGUGUAGUUUGUUUUGUAUGCCAUUUGAUGUAACUUUGUUUUUAUACCUCAGACAGAGGAUGUUUGUUUUAACAAAAGCACUUUAUUUUGAUUUUUUCACAAAUUCAAGUCAGUGUUUCAACUUUUUACUUGCUGUUCCCCAUCAAAACCCAAUGUAUUAUUUGGUUUUGGUCCUGUCUUUCUAGAAGUUCAUUGAAUGCCUUUUUGUUAAAAUGCCUCAUUCUUCCAGCAGCUGACUUCAGUCAGCUUUUCUCAAUGUGAGCUUUUCUGUUGAAUGUAUUGGGUAUGUUGUUGUAGCAAAUUGCAGAUAGCAGCAAGUUGUUCCAUCAAUACUGUUUUGUUUCGUUAUCAUUUCAGCUAAUUGUGUGUGCGUGUGUAUGUUUGUGGGUGUUUGGAUGCAUAAUUAGUCUUUUCUAGGUUGAUAAGUGUGGCUUAUUUUCAUGAGUCACAUUAAGGGGAUUUUCCACCUUUUUGCCAAAUCUCUGUGUCUAUACAGGCUCGUGUUUUUUACUCACCAGAUAUUUUGUUGAUAUGAUUUGAGCCAAAGAUGGAUAAUGUACGUGUUUUUUUUUUAAAGCACAAAGAAUUCAGAACUUGCUACCAAACCAGCACCCUUUUUCCUAUAUUUUUUUUAAACAAACCUGUUCGCUGUAGACAAUUGUUUUUCCUCAGCUAAAAUUGAUAAAAAUAUUCUUAUUGAAACACAAGUGGAAUAUAGCAAAUGAAAAUGCUAUAAAUCACCUAGGGAAUGUCAUUACACUGUGCUCCUGUAUGUGUUGAAGCACUGUAAUGUAGAUUUGAAGGCAGGCAGAAAUUCAACCAUCUCUAAAGUUACAUUCUGUAUAAUUGCACCCAGUUGAUUAAUCUCAGUUUUUGACAUUGUGAUCUUUCAGAUCAUGUGUGAGUGUUGGUUUGGUGAGGAGAGCCUGGUUAAUGUUUUAAACUUUUAACUUAUUUAUGAAAGUAGAGUCAAGUAGAGGAAGUUAAGCUCCAUAUUCUUGCUGUUGGAUAAUAAUUUAAAGAAAUGUCAGAUGUGAUUGUACUGCCACUUAGUGGUGCUUCCUUGCUAUGUCAGUGUGUGCUAAAAAAAGUUGGAGGAAAAAACUGUGUGCCAGUGUUUUAUUUUAAAAUAAUAAAGUUAAAAAGGUUCAAGCUUAACUUUUUUUUAAAUUACAUUAAUUAGAAUUUUCCAUUUUAUGAAAAAAAGCUCUAUUUCUUUCUUUCUUUCUUUCUAUUUCUUCU